AUGCUUUGGCGAACACUCGCCGGCCACGUUUUACUAAAACGCCAUCAGCCGUCGCCGUCUCCAUUUAAACUGACUGUACUACAACUGGCUUGGACUCUACCGUAUUUAUUGCUGGUCAACUACCUCGAACGAUCUUUAUUACCGUUCCGGCUCCUGUGCUACACACAAACUGAUCUUUUAUCGUCACGGCCACUGCGCAGGGAUGCUUCGGAAUGUAUACGUCAGUAUUUUCCGAAUCGUACACCAGACUCCGAAUGUACUCUCUCAAUGGCACCGAACAUACUUCGACGACCAAAGUUACCAGAACAUCCUCAGAGAAUUCUUUUUAUAAGGACGGCUCCCGGAUCUGCAGACUAUCGCAAUUUUAUAAGAGCUACUUGGAAAUCUAAGGUAGAGUCACUGGCACCAGUCGUAUUCGUGUGUGCUCUGGGUGCUGAUGUCACAUUAGAGGCCACUAAGCACGACGAUAUACUGCAAUUUGACUUCAUUGACUCAUACCAUAACUUGUCCCUAAAAAUGAUGGCCAUCUACCGCUUUGUCAUGAAAGAAACACCUUCGGUAGAGGAUAUCAUCGUCACAAACGACGACACAAUCGUCAACGUCACUGCACUGGCUUGGCUUUUCACAAUUGAACGGACCGAACCAUGGACGUUAGGAAAAGUUUCUCGAGGAUAUCCACGGCUAUUUAUGUCAUGGUUACCAUGGCAUGUUCCAGGCGAGAUGUACUCAAAUUUGUGCUACCCUCGUUUUACCCAGGGAUCAUCUUUUAUUCUAUCACGAAAAGCAGCCCAAGUGCUCCUCGAAAACUUCUGCAGAACUCCUUAUGUUCAUCUCGACGACGUAAUGAUGGGUAUUGUCGCUUCAUGUACUCGGUUACAACAACUACACCACAGUGGGUUCGAUAAACACACUUUGGAAGACUUCGUCGUUUACCACUAUCAGUAUACCCGCCACUCUGCUCAAUAUCUUCGACAAUUAUGGAGUUCAAUCCCAGCAUAG